AUGGGAACUAGUACAUGUUACCAACUGCUUGGUUGUCUGUCUAUUCGCCGAGCUUGGCAGUUGGAUUGCAAACGUUCCAUCACCAAUCGAGCUGACAUCGUCAGUGCAGGGUUGAGUUGCAAUCCAACUGCCAAGGUCGGCGAACAGUCCAACAACCAAACAGCGCACCUGAGCUACCUACAUUCCACAAAAUUGCUAAUACUCUCAGCUCGGCUAGAUGUUGACCAGACAGAAAACACCCACUCAACAUGCAGCGCCUCACAGCCUUGUAUCAAACCCAGACAGCGAGAGUCGACGUUGAUCAAGGUCAGACAACACCUCCGCAAUAUGCAGCACGUCGCAGCCUCGUUCCAAAUUCAGACAGCGUGCUUCUGCAUUGGACCAUAUUGA